GACAUCAUGAAGGCUUUAUCUUCACCAGAGUCUCCCAGGAAGAGAUCCAUGAGAAAGGUGCCCAAACCUCUGAUGGAGAAGCGCAGACGGGAGCGCAUCAACCACAGUCUGGAGACACUGAGACGUCUGAUGCUGGAGAACACUCGCAAUGAGAAGCUGAAAAACCCAAAGGUGGAGAAGGCAGAGAUUCUGGAGAGCGUGGUCCAGUUCCUGCAAACUGAGAAGGAGGUUCUGUCCAGGGAUCAGACAUGUGUCCGGCAGAACAACUACCAUGACGGGAUGAGGUCGUGUCUGCUGAGGGUCAGCCAUUUCAUAGCCAAGAACCAGGACUUAGAGGAAACUGGUGGAGAGAUGGUCCAGGCUUCUGCUGCUUCUCCUGAGCCACAUAAUCAAACUUCCUCCCUCGGACACAUGCACAACAAGGCACUGAUCCCCGCACCUUCUCGUGACUCUGCUCCUCUGGCUGCUCAGCAUCUGCCCCGCCAGCACCGCCGGCACGGUAUCUCUCACCCGUACCUCAGCCAGAGGACUGGCCUCCACACCUGUGAGACCAGCAAGCUGCUCUCCAGUCCCUCAUCGUGCACGCACAUCACUGAUCCAGUGUGGAGGCCAUGGCCUCAGUAA